AUGUCUCGCGUCGACAGUCCAGAUACUGCGAGCAUCAUCUCCGCCCACUCCUCGCGCGCACCAACGCUGCAAUCGGUUCGCGGCAACCAGGUCUUCACACUCGACACCUUCAGCAGCAAGGACUUCAUUGUCAAGGACUUUGUAGAAUCGCUGUCCGACUCUGCGACUUCAGCACGACGAUCGGCAUCCACGGCGGCCACAACCAACAAUGCGCAGACCAGUCAGGCGUUCGAUCCGAAGCCACUUAUCCGGACCUUCGAGCAUGCCCUCAACAAGCUGAAGAACCUGAGCGAGGACCUGCAGGAACGGGAGAAUGAGCUGAGCGCAAGUGUGCGGAAGGCUGAGGUGCAGCACAACACCAAUAUCAGAUCGCGGGAGCAGGAGUUGGAGCGUGCCAUUGGAUCUUUCCGCCGCCUGGAGCGGACGCUGGACGGCGAUGGUGACGCGGGAGGCAAUGCUGCCAUGCGCAUCGGUGAACGGCUGGACGAGCUGGACAAGCAAAGACAGCGGGCACAGGAUGCCAAAUUCGUCUUGCAAUGCUGGCUCGAAGUCAGCGAGCGAGGCGACUUAUCCAGUCUGGAUGAUGUGCGCAAGAUGGGCGGGGGCGAGGGCAAAGUUCGAUGUGCGCAUAUUGCACGCCAGCUGCUGAAGAUAUCGCAAAGGCUAGAUGGUAGCACAGAAGCACCUAAGACGAAUGGAACACAUUUCACAGAUGGGGUCAACGGUAUACACGAUAACGACUCCACUGAUAGCAUUCGGAAACCCAACAAUGGCGCCAAACCACGAGAGAUUAUCGAGAAGUUUCUAGAGAUGCUGGAAAAGGACCUCUUGAAGUCUUUUGAUGAUUUCUACCGGAGGCAGAACUUUGAGGGCAUGCGCGAAUGUGCAGUAGCUUUGCAAGACUUCAGCGAUGGCAAUUCAGUCAUAUCGCUGUUCGUCAACCAACAUCAGUUCUUCAUUGACGGAUCGCAGCUGGUCAACGAGGAGCUCGCGGUAGACAACGAGACAUGGGAUCGUCUUGCGGAUCCCGAUACUGAACCUCCUGGGGUGGAGCCGAGCUUGCAGUCUCUGAUCGACGAAGUGAAGGUUGUUGUCCAGGAGGAGAGCUUCAUUAUCAAACGCGCUUUCCCGUAUUACGAAGAUGUAUUGGCGCGAUUCAUCCAGCGAGUCUUCCAGCAGUCAAUACAGCAACGCCUGGAAAUGGUGCUGGAGAAGGCCGAUAGCAUAUCAUCGCUUGCCUUUCUUCGGUCGUUACAAGCAUCACGGUCAUACAUUGCCGCGUUGGUUGAAGAACUGAAAAUCCAUGGACUCACAGAGCACCCUGAGCCGGCCACUUCCACCACCGCGGCAGUAUUGGAUCAGCAACUGGAUGAGCUUUUUGUGCCCUACUUUACAGGCGCAAGCUACAUUGAGCGCGAGAAACGCAAUUUAGGAGAGAUAUUCGAAGGUUUGCUCUUCAAGUUCACGCUCUACCACUCCCGCAGGCGGAAAGUGCACGUGCAGUCUCAUACAUACCUCGGUGCCAUAUCCGCACGUGGCAAAGAGUUCAUCAGUAGCGCGCGGGACGCCUACAUGGAAAGGCUAGACAGCGCUGACUUGCAGCCUGCUCAGAAGAAGAUGUUGCUACGAGUGGCAGGAUUGCACCACACUAAAGAUCACACCGGCGCAAACGAUAUUGACGUGACGGACGAGGACGGUCAGCUGAGCUUGCCGUCCACGAAACGUAUGCUCAAGUGGCUUGCAGAAGGGGUCGGACGGGAGCUUGAAUUGGCCAGCGGAGGCAAUGAGACGCCCAAAGAAGUGCGCGAGCUUCUUCAUCUCCUCAUCACGCACAUGGGAGAGAUCUACCUGGAGACAGCAUUGGACGCAGCCAACGACUCUGCAGCUGCGGCAGAAGCCAACACGAAAACCGAACCCGACCUCAACUAUAUUGCCGAUCUGCGAAGCGCUAUCAGCGUGUUACAUCUCAUGUUGACCACGAUUCAAAUGCUCCUCCUCCCCCUCGCAGCAAGCAACCUCACGAUUCGACGUGAGUUGGAAAAGCAGACGAGCAACUUCGUCGAUCGCAUGGAAUUGAAAAUCGACACCGUACUUCAGCGCACUCUGGAUGCAAGCUUGGCUUGGACGCAGAAAGUAUUAUCUGGUCAAAAGCGAACCGACUAUCGACCCAAAGAUGAAUUGAACCUGCAACUCGAAUUUCAGACCAGCACCUGUCACGCUGUCUUCACGUUCUUGAGUCGUUUACAUUCUCGAGCCAAGACUGCUCUUCAGUCUUCAGGAAAAGUGCUCGAGGCUUUUUCCCUCGAACUUGCCAUCGGCCUCCGAGGAUUGUUAUUACAACACUUCAAGUCCUACCAGAUCUCGCAAACGGGAGCGUUAUUGGCAAGUAAAGACAUUACCAAGUAUAUUGAGCUAUUGCGAUCGUGGGACUUGCCAGCGAGUUUCGAUCCUUCUUUUGAAGUGUUGACGGAGAUAGCGAAUCUUUUUGUUAUUGGACCUGAAGCAUUGAGAGAUCGAUUGCGGAAUUUUGGGGUGGGAGUGGCAGGUUUGCAAGGGGUGGAGAAGGGAGAUCUGAGGGCGUAUAUAUUAAGGAGGGAGGAUAGUGGAAGUGUGGGUGUGCAGACGGUGUUGAAUGCGCUAUGAUGUCCUUCUACCUCCAUUGUGCUCGUGAUACGGCAGCAGAGAGGGAAGCGGAACACUACUGUAGGCGUGAAGGUGGAGCGUGUGGGACUACCGUAUGUCGGCGAAGUCGGAUCAGAUAACAAACAACAAGCGCUGAUGCCAAUAGAACUAGCUAAUACCGACCAGCAGCAACACAUCAACUUAGGUAUAGUCUGUCCCAAGCAGGUGGAAGAAUGAUACCCGCGCAUACAAGU